AUGCCUCUGACCCCUACUCCCAAGGCCAACAAAAUUCUAGACCUCGUCGACUCGCGAGAAAGAAGAAGACAAGCCGACCUCCUCACGCGCCCUUUCGACCAUCCGCAUCGUACUCCGCGGCACAUCCUCCGAGACUUCGUCAGGCUUGUUCUUCCAAUCCUCUUCCUCGCCCUCUUUUUGAUUCUGGCGACGGUAGUCUGCAUCUACACCUUCGUCAACAGGAAGACGCUGCCGUGGUCCUUCGUGAAAGGUCUCGGCAUUGCUUUCGCUGUGGUGUCUGCCGGUUGGUGUAUUGGCAAGACAUAUCUCUACUUCCUCGACAAGCGGCGGCAGGAUACGGCUAUCCACGAGUUUCUAGCCGGCGAGAGGCGGAAGGAGGACCCGGGAAGCGAACUGCUUGAUUUCAUGACACCCCGGGAAGUGGUAUGUCCGCUACGGUUCAGGAGGAUCCUGCCGCGUGCGAAGAGAUGGGUAGCAUGGGUCUGGACCAAGAGGCCGAGCGGGAUGAAGCCGAAGCCAGUUUUUUCGCCGGAGAGGAGAAUCCAGCGUCACGAUGAGUAUGAAGAGCGGCUGCGUGAAGUUUGGCCGGGUACUUGGCUGAGACUGGCUGCUGAGCGCAGUGCUCGACAAGUUGAACAUCGGCGCAAGACUCAGCAACGCAAUACGGUCAGGUGGGCGCCUAGUAGCACUCGUGAAUGGUCUGUAUCCGACGAAGCUAGCAUUGCAGCACGUUCAUCGAGGUCAGAUCAGGCGAAGAGACGCGGAAUUAGCGCUGCUCUGGCACCGCAGAUGCCUUCCCGGCUCCCCAAAGCGAGAACGAGAAAGCGAGGACGCAAGUUCGAAGCCGGCCUGUCCCCGAUUCAGGAAUGCAGGCAGGAUAGUCUUGGACCGAUAUCCCUUGAGCCGCGCACAUUGGCGACCCCGUACGAUAUUUCCGGCAAGCCGGAAUACAGGCUGGGGACUAGACUCGUCUUGUUUUCAUCCCCAGCUUUGCAUGAAAAACCAACGGCCCGAGGAGUCAAUGGGUUAGGAAUCUCCGAGCAGCACAGUAUUUUCUUAGACGCCCCGAUAGGCCCCGAGCAAAACGUGGCCGAAGCAAGACUUCCAAACGCAGAUGCAAGAAAGCCGAUCAUCCCCCCUCCACGCUCCUCAUCACUGCGCAGAAAGGAAGUGAAGGUGGAGUCCACGACGUCCCCGUCCUGCUCGACCAGGAAAUGUCCUCUAUCGUUCCGCUUCAAAGAUGCAUAUGCAGCACCAGCGCGCCCCGACUCGCCUCGUCCUCUCAGAGGCAGUCCACCCCCACUUGAGAUAUCCCAGGAGACAAAACCCCAACCCGGUCUUCCCAGUCCGGCGACAACAUUGGAUGAUGAUGCAUGGUACAGCUCCACCGAGUCGCUGCUAUAUGAAGACGAAGAAGAAGCUGCACAGCCAGUAGCAGCAGCAGCGACGUCUCUGCGGACAUCGACACCAGUACUCUCCGUCGCGCCGUUGAGCGUCAGCAAGGUCUCUCUCGGCUAUACACCACCACCACUACCACCACCACCACCCGUCACAGCCACGCCGCCACUGCUCGCUCGUCCGCGCGUAGAAGAAAACCAGAAGAGGGGUAUAGUGAAGAGCAAGAGGAUGUUGACGUUUUCUUCUUCUACUACUUCUUCUUCUACCGGGAAUGGAGAGAGGAUCAUCACGCUAGAGGAUUGUACGGGGGGGCAGUCUGGGUUGGGGAUUAGCUGCUCGGUACGUCGGCAGACGAGUACGUAUCAGCCGCGGAUUCACGACGAAGAUGAAGACGAUGGUGAAGAUGAUGAACAUCAUAGUGAUAAAGACGAUGAAGGUGAUUGGGAUAGCGAGGAUGAAGAUGACGAUGCUGCCCUCUCUCCGAUAAGUGAAACCGAAGAGCCAACGUCUAGAGAAAAUCACUCUACGCCGUACUCUGGCAUGGCUCCGCAACUUCCUCCCUUGGCUCCCGUAGAGAUCUGCUUGAGGUGGAGUGGCGGCCGGUUCGGUUCGUGA